UUGUAGUGUUUUCCUGUUCAUUGACAAGAGCGUUCCACACUCAACAUGGCCGCCGCGCAGGUCCACUUCAGCUCAAUAGGAAUGCGGUAGGCGGGGCUGCGAGGCUAGUGUCAAACUUUGGGAAUGACAGGAGUGCAGCAGGGUUCGCAAAGAAGGGGAAGAGUCGCCCUUAUUUGUCCCGUUUGGAUUACUUGGGAUUCUUUUUACGUCUAGUCCGUGGGUUCACAGCCUUCUCGUUCAUAGCACGGCCUCGGCGAUUUCCUCAGCCAUGUCGGAGGACCUGAGCUCGCUGCCCUGGUCCAUCAACAAAGAUGACUAUGAGCUACACGAGGUGAUCGGGAGUGGGGCCACAGCAGUGGUCCAAGCUGCGUACUGUAUACCACGCAAGGAGAAGGUGGCUAUAAAACGCAUCAACUUAGAGAAGUGCCAGACCAGCAUGGACGAACUCUUGAAAGAGAUCCAGGCAAUGAGCCAGUGCCAUCAUCCCAACAUUGUGUCUUACUACACCUCCUUUGUGGUGAAGGAUGAGUUGUGGCUCGUCAUGAAGCUGCUGAGUGGUGGCUCUGUGCUGGAUGUGAUCAAGCAUAUUAUUUCACGGGGUGAACACAAGACGGGCGUCCUGGAUGAGGCCAGCAUAGCCACGGUGUUGAAGGACGUGCUGGAGGGACUGGAGUACCUUCACAAGAAUGGACAGAUCCACAGGGAUCUGAAGGCCGGAAACAUUCUCCUGGGUGACGACGGUUCAGUGCAAAUUGCAGAUUUCGGCGUCAGUGCCUUCUUAGCAACAGGUGGCGACAUCACUCGGAAUAAAGUUCGUAAGACAUUUGUGGGAACCCCAUGCUGGAUGGCACCAGAGGUCAUGGAGCAGGUGAAAGGCUAUGAUUUCAAAGCUGACAUUUGGAGUUUUGGGAUCACAGCGAUCGAGCUUGCAACAGGUGCCGCACCGUAUCACAAGUAUCCACCAAUGAAGGUCUUGAUGCUGACACUGCAGAAUGACCCGCCAAUACUGGAGACUGGAAUUACAGACAAAGAGAUGGUGAAGAAAUACGGGAAAUCCUUUAGGAAGAUGAUUUCUCUGUGUCUACAGAAGGAGCCUGAGAAAAGGCCAACAUCCUCAGAACUUUUGAAGCAUAAAUUUUUCCAGAAAGCCAAGACCCACGACUAUCUGAACGAGAAGUUGCUGCAGAGAGCUCCCACAAUAACGGAGCGAUCAAAGAAAGUUCGCAGAGUGCCGGGCUCCAGCGGCCGUCUGCACAAAACGGAAGACGGCGAGUGGGAAUGGAGCGACGAUGAGCUUGACGAAGAAAGCGAAGAAGGCAAAGCAGCUGUGGCUGCCUCCAGGUCACCAAGAGUGAAGGAAGGAUCACCAAAUGCUGAGGCUUUUCCAACCAAUGCGCCGUCAGCGUCAGGGCAACUCCAGCCUCCUGCCUCCGGUCAGGCAGAUCUACCUCAGACUGCUGGUCAGGUCCCAGUGCAGCCCUCACCUGUCGCCUCUCAGUCCACGGACACUGCUGCGUCUCCCACGGCAGGAGCCUCCACCAAUGCUGCUGCCGCUGCUGCUACACAGGCUCCAGCUGCCUCAGAAAAAGCCCCCAUUAGUUUGGUAUUAAGGUUAAGGAAUUCAAAGAAAGAACUUAAUGACAUCCGGUUUGAAUUCAUGCUCGGAAGAGACACAGCAGAAGGUGUGUCCCAGGAGCUGGUGUCAGCGGGUCUGGUGGAUGGGAGGGACUUACUAAUAGUUGCUGCAAAUUUGAGCAAAAUAGUGCACUCGCCUCCGGCCAAUAAAAAUGUCACUUUUAGACUGGCUUCAGGGAUCGAGGGCUCUGAAAUCCCAGACGACGUGAAGCUGAUGGGCUUUGCUCAGCUCAGCAUUAGUUAAACUCUUCUCCUACCUGGGACCGUGACUUGCCUAAAAAUGUGAAAACUCAAAAAAAGAUAUAGUUUAAUGCAUAUUUUUUUUCUUUCAAUGGCUGUAAAGAAACCACUACUGCCAAAGAAAACAGCACCGCCGUGUCGUCCGUAGGAUUCUCCCGGCCGCACCGCGCUGGUGGCGGCAGAGGCGUCUGGACCCGAGCGGCGAUUUCAGAACGUUUACAGUGUUUGUGUAGAAGGAUGCAACAACCUGCGGUCUCUUGUGUUUUUAAUUUCUCUCUAAUAUAUGAAGCAUUUGCACAAUCUCCACUAACAACCUUGAAUCCUGACAAGUGAAAACAUAUGCCUUACAUACAUCCGAGCUGCGCAAUGCUCACGUUCGGGUCCUUCCUGUAUUAUGGAGCAGUCUGUUGUUCGACGGGGUCUGAGUUGAUACCUUUUUUUUAUUAUUAUUUACGUGACAAGAAAGUUAUAUUUCACUCUGAUGCGAUAUUUGCGCUGCUGUGGCGUGACACACACUCUUCCAACAGCCCCAGAUGAAUCCACAAUUUUUUUUUGGCAGUUUUCUGCCACAGCUGAGUUCUCAAGUUCCUUGUCAUGAAAUGAAGACUAGUCUACAUAAAUGCAAUUUUUUUUUUCAAAGAACAGUAACUCAAAGAAGAACAAUAAUAUUCUGAAGAAAAACAUUUGGGAAUUGACCACAAAAUUGAACUUAAAAUUCCAAUAAACAGAUGUCAUUGAGAUUAACUAUAGAUGCAGGUGGAAUUAUUUUUGGCCUUAUAUUAGCAAAAGUAUCUCUGAACGCCCUGGAUAUUUAAGAUUCUUUUUCUUCUCGAAUGAAUCGCCCUGACAUUCUAAACAAAAUAAUGAAUUAAAUCAGUUAUUAAUGAAAAGUAAACUAGCCACAAUUAUCACACUUUUGGUUUCUUGAUUUGAUUUUUUUUCUGAUCACUGAUAUAAGAUGAUUUUUUUUUAUUCAAUGUCUGAUGUAUUUUUAAUGAAUGAUGAGUCAAAAUCCAAAUUAUAUAUUCAAUGUCUGGACUCCUUUAAAAAAAAUAGUUUGUCUUGACUGAAUAUUUCUAAUCAGGUAUUAAAUUAAUAAAUAAAUUUGCCAAAACUAAAAAAAAAAAACAUCUCAACUAUGGUUGUUUUUUUAAACAAAUGCCCACAAUUAAAGAAAAAAGUUUGUCCAUUAUGAGGUAAAAUAAUAAAAAGAACACAUUGUCACCUCGAUUGUGGCUGUUAAACAUUGUUGUCUUUAAUAUUUGUAAACUCUUUAUUGGACAUUUAAAAUUGGAGAAAACUACGAAGCCACAACAAAUUCCAAACAUUAAGUGUGAGACAGAUUGACAUUGUCUGAUUCAAAGCAAAAACUCAAUUUAAAUGUUCUGCCUUUUUUUCCCUGAUUGUAAGUUACGACGGAGUGAAGGAAGGACUCGUGACGCUCAUGUACCUUUAAAAUUGUAUCAAAGAAGAACAACAUAUCUUUCUUGUUUUGCCUUUUCCUGAGAAUAUUUCACAAGCAACUUGUUCCCUCAGACAGAACUGAAUCAAACCAAGUGAAGGCGUCAGAAACCACCUCUGGACUCAUUUGUGGUUUUCCUUCCUCCAGUGUUGAGAUUGUAAACAUCGAAAUGUAUUGUGCUUUUUCGACAUGUUUUCACUCUGAAUGUGCAUCUUCUGGUCCGACGUCCCUGGCUUUAACAGGUUUUACUGUUCCAUUUGGUGAUGUAAUAAUGUAAAGAUGAUCCGGAUGAGUGAGAAGCAUCUCUGCUUGCUGAUCGUCUCUGGCCUUAAAUUGGUGAUGAUAUUUGGGAAAGGGCGCUCGCCCUCCUCCGAGGAGUCUGAAUGCCUCUGGAAAAAGUGUCUGAACUUGCAGUAUUCGGUGCCAUUCUCCAGAUGAUUGCAGCUUCGUGCCGGCAGGCGGGGACAGAAGGGGUGUGUGUGUGUGUGUGUGUGUGUGUGUGUGUGUGUGUGUGUGUGCGUGCGUGCGCGCGCGUGCGUGCGUGCGUGCGUGCGUGCGUGCGUGCGUGCGUGCGUGCGUGUGUGUGUGGCUUCUAUCUGAGCUGAGCAACUGAUGGAUCGGGUCUCAUCUGCCGCUGCUUUCAUGUAGCUUAUCGGAGCUGUAGCAACUGAACAAAUGACCUGCAAACACUUGUGUCUAGGCAAUAACUCGUCAAGGCUGUAAGAUAUUUGAAUUCACCGCUUGUUUCUUUCAGUCUUUCAUUCAUUUGUGUUAUUUCUGGGUCAUUUUUGGAGUACAAAGCAUGUUUGUCUUGAUUAUUUUUAAUCAAUAAAGAAUGAGCAUAUGA